AUGACUCUUAUUUUGAAGGCACUCUCCAGAACUCUCUGUGAUGACUCUUAUUUUGAAGGAUCCCCGGAACUCUGUGUGAGGACCCUUAUUUUGAAGGAGCUCCGGAACUCCUCGGGCUCCGUGCUUGUGUCUUGCCACUGGUCCAGAGCGGAGGCGGUGUGUCUCUCCUCCUCUCCCCCGCGCAGCCGCUCCGUGAGACGGCCUCAUCCUCUCCUGUCCCCCGCUGAGGUCAUGGACGAGCAGGCCGGUCCUGCCGCUCUGUUUGCGGGCAGCAGCAGCCUGGUGUCCCCGCUGCACGGAGCUGGAGAUGCGGCCAGAGCGCUCUACAGUCUCCCCGGAGCUCUGUGCUUCCUCCACCGGCAGUGGGACAGCUUCGAGCGGGAGAGACACGACUGGGACACCGAGAAGAGCGAGCUGCAGUCUCAGAUCGCGCUGCUUCAGGGUGAGAGACGUGGUCAUGAAAACCUCCGGAAAGAUCUGCUGCGGAGAAUCAAGAUGUUGGAAUAUUCACUCAGACAGGAGAGGAGUAGGUUCCAGAGGAUGGAUCCAGGCUCAGACCUGAUCCAGGACCAGCUGAGACCCCCACAGUACGACUCAGGAGGAGGAGGAGGAGGAGGAGGAGGAGGAAGUGUCGCCCACUGGUCCACAGAGCUGCGCACAGGGACAGCAGAUCAUCACCAGGUACAGAGGAGGAGGUCUGAGGAGACGGCCAGAGGAGGAGGCCAGAGGAGGAGGUCAGAGGAGGAGGUCAGAGGAGGAGGUCUGAGGAGGAGGCCAGAAGAGGAGGUCAGAGGAGGAGGUCUGAGGAGGUCAGAGAGGAGGCCAGAGGAGGAGGCCAGAAGAGGAGGUCUGAGGAGGAGGCCAGAGGAGGAGGCCAGAGGAGGAGGUCAGAGGAGGAGGUCUGAGGAGGCCAGAGAGGAGGCCAGAGGAGGUGAGAGGAGGAGGUCAGAGGAGGUGAGAGGAGGAGGUCAGAGGAGGAGGCCAGAGGAGGAGAUCAGAGGAGGAGGUCUGAGGAGGCCAGAGGAGGUGAGAGGAGGUGAGAGGAGGAGGUCAGAGGAGGAGGUCAGAGGAGGAGGUGAGGAGGAGGCCAGAGGAGGAGGUCAGAGGAGGAGAGGAGGAGGUCUGAGGAGGUCAGAGAGGAGGCCAGAGGAGGAGGUGAGAGGAGGAGGUCAGAGGAGGAGGCCAGAGGAGGAGGUCAGAGGAGGUGAGAGGAGGAGGCCAGAGGAGGAGGCCAGAGGAGGAGGCCAGAGGAGGAGAGGAGGAGGUCUGAGGAGGCCAGAGAGGAGGCCAGAGGAGGUGAGAGGAGGUGAGAGGAGGAGGUCAGAGGAGGUGAGAGGAGGAGGUCAGACGAGGCCAGAGGAGGUGAGAGGAGGUGAGAGGAGGAGGUCAGAGGAGGCCAGAGGAGGAGGUGAGAGGAGGAGGCCAGAAGAGGAGGUCAGAGGAGGAGGUCUGAGGAGGUCAGAGAGGAGUCCAGAGGAGGAGGCCAGAAGAGGAGGUCAGAGGAGGAGGUCUGAGGAGGCCAGAGAGGAGGCCAGAGGAGGAGGCCAGAGGAGGAGAGGAGGAGGUGAGGAGGAGGCCAGAGGAGGAGGCCAGAGAGGAGGCCAGAGGAGGAGGUCAGAGGAGGAGGUGAGGAGGAGGCCAGAGGAGGAGGUAAGGAGGCCAGAGGAGGAGGCCAGAGGAGGAGGUCAGAGGAGGAGGUUCAGAGGAGGAGGUCAGAGGAGGAGGCCAGAGGAGGAGGCCAGAGGAGGAGGUCAGAGGAGGAGGUCAGAGGAGGAGGUCAGAGGAGGAGGUCUGAGGAGGUCAGAGAGGAGGCCAGAGGAGGAGGCCAGAAGAGGAGGUCUGAGGAGGAGGCCAGAGGAGGAGGCCAGAGGAGGAGGUCAGAGGAGGAGGUCUGAGGAGGAGGCCAGAAGAGGAGGCCAGAGGAGAGAGGAGGCCAGAGGAGGAGGUGAGAGGAGGAGGCCAGAAGAGGAGGUCAGAGGAGGAGGUCAGAGAGGAGGCCAGAGGAGGAGGCCAGAAGAGGAGGUCAGAGGAGGAGGUCUGAGGAGGCCAGAGAGGAGGCCAGAGAAGGAGAACAGAGGAGGAGGUCUGAGGAGGCCAGAAGAGGAGGUCAGAGGAGGAGGUCUGAGGAGGUCAGAGAGGAGGCCAGAGGAGGAGGACAGAAGAGGAGGUCAGAGGAGGAGGUCUGAGGAGCCGGCCAGAGGAGGAGGCCAGAGGAGGAGGUCAGAGGAGGAGACGAGGCCAGAGGAGGUGAGAGGAGGUGAGAGGAGGAGGUCAGAGGAGGCCAGAGGAGGAGGUGAGAGGAGGAGGCCAGAAGAGGAGGUCAGAGGAGGAGGUCUGAGGAGGUCAGAGAGGAGUCCAGAGGAGGAGGCCAGAAGAGGAGGUCAGAGGAGGAGGUCUGAGGAGGCCAGAGAGGAGGCCAGAGAAGGAGGUCAGAGGAGGAGGUCUGAGGAGGCCAGAGAGGAGGCCAGAGAAGCAGGACAGAGGAGGAGGUCUGAGGAGGCCAGAGAGGAGGCCAGAGAAGGAGGACAGAGGAGGAGGUCUGAGGAGGUCAGAGAGGAGGCCAGAAGAGGAGGUCAGAGGAGGAGGUCUGAGGAGGCCAGAGAGGAGGCCAGAGAAGGAGGACAGAGGAGGAGGUCUGAGGAGGUCAGAGAGGAGGCCAGAAGAGGAGGUCAGAGGAGGAGGUCUGAGGAGGCCAGAGAGGAGGCCAGAGAAGGAGGACAGAGGAGGAGGUCUGAGGAGGUCAGAGAGGAGUCCAGAGGAGGAGGCCAGAAGAGGAGGUCAGAGGAGGCCAGAGAGGAGGCCAGAGAAGGAGGACAGAGGAGGUCAGAGAGGAGUCCAGAGGAGGAGGUCAGAGGAGGAGGUGAGGAGGAGGCCAGAGGAGGAGGCCAGAGAGGAGGCCAGAGGAGGAGGUCAGAGGAGGAGGUGAGGAGGAGGCCAGAGGAGGAGGUAAGGAGGCCAGAGGAGGAGGCCAGAGGAGGAGGUCAGAGGAGGAGGUCAGAGGAGGAGGUCAGAGGAGGAGGCCAGAGGAGGAGGCCAGAGGAGGAGGUCAGAGGAGGAGGUCAGAGGAGGAGGCCAGAGGAGGAGGUCAGAGGAGGAGGUCAGAGGAGGAGGUCAGAGGAGGAGGCCAGAGGAGGAGGUCAGAGGAGGAGGUCAGAGGAGGAGGUCAGAGGAGGAGGUCUGAGGAGGAGGCCAGAAGAGGAGGCCAGAGGAGGUCAGAGGAGGAGGCGUGUUUGGUACCUGGAGGAGCUGGGGUACACAGAUGUCCUUGAGGUCAAGUCCAACCGAGUCCGAGUCCUUUUGGGUCUGAGUCCGGACCAGGAACCCAAGACCAGUCAGGACCCCCUGGACCCGCUGCGCUGUGUGGAGUCCGUCAUGGAGACCUUCCGGAUCAUAGAGAGAGCAGCUGCACAGUUCAGCCAAGACCAAGACCUGCUCCUGGACCAGGACCUGGACCGAGACCCGGACCGAGACCUGGAGCCGGAGGAGGACCCGACUACGGCCGACCUGGUGAGUGCCACACGUCUGUUCCAUAGACUGUAG